GUGAGAACGCUGUUAAAGCAUCAUUGUUGAUUUUGUAUUACUGGGCUCUGGAGGCUGGUGAACAGAAAAUGGCUGCCACGUUUAACUGGUUUCUUGUAUUGAGCUCUGUGUUUUUAUGCAACCUUGUUAAAUCUUUUCUGCCUUCGAUUUCUUCAUUUCUGUCAAGGAUCUUUCAGAAAGAUGCUGAACAGGAGAUGGAGAUGCGGACAGAGAUCCAGAACAUGAAGAUGGAGCUUUCUACCAUCAGUAUAAUGGAUGAGUUUGCCAGAUACGCUAGACUGGAGCGGAAGAUCAACAAGAUGACUGACCAGCUAAAGACUCUUGUCAAAUCAAGAACUGCACAGCAGGCAAAAAUGAAGUGGAUUGUGAAUAUUGCAUUCUACAUUCUUCAAGCAGUGCUAAUGAUCUCACUUAUAUUGAAGUAUUAUGCAGACCCAGUUACUGUGGUGCCUAGUAAAUGGAUUUCUCCGCUUGAGAAACUAGUAGCCUUUCCAUCUGGAGUCACAGGUGGUGUUGGAAUCACAUGCUGGCUAGUUGUCUGCAACAAGGUGGUUGCCAUUGGUCUACAUGCUGUCAGUUAAACCGAGUAGCAUCAAUUAUUUCAGUGUUGUCUCAUCAUGUGCAGUGACUGGAUUUUUGAUACUUGUUUGAAGUUUCUUUCAAGCUCCAUGAAAUGUAUUUGUUUUUUAAAUACUGGUCAUAACAGGUCUGUAGUAAAUUCUUUUUAGAAAAACGAUAUUAUUUUAUUAAUAGAUUCAAACACAUGCAGCAAACUUGACAUGUCUUUCAGGUUGAAAUAUUUUCUUCCUGUUUAAAUAUUUUUCAUUGUCCUAAGCUUAUGACUGAUGAAGUUGUAACCAAGAAAGGUGAUAAUUUAUUUUACCAUAUUUGUAUAUUUUGGCUUUUUUGUUACAUUUGUUUAUCAAAACCUGUACCAUAAUUAUUUAAGUCAACUGUAUUUUUUCUGUUCAUGCAUUAAAAUGUGUAAAUGCAUUGUCAGCACUCCAAA